CUUGUAAAUUUUUGAGAUUUCGAAGGUCUCCCUAGACUCUUUCCUCCGCGAAGAGCCGCAUACGUAGCAGCCGCCGACGACGACGAGGAGCAGAGCGAGGGCGAGCGCCAUCCCGUCCCGCCUCUUUCUUGCCGCCGCAGAGGAGGAGACUGACGGCUGCGGCGCCGAGCGGCAGCAGGAGGCCACGGCGGUGGUGGCGCGUAAUAAUAGCUGGGGGCCAUAUCGCCGCGGCGCGGAUCAGGAGCAGCCGGUGUCUAAUCGGAUUCCGUCAUAUGUUUCCAACCGGGACAGGAGAGUCCCUCACUUUCCUUUUCCUGGUGCCUAAUCGAAUUCCGAUCCAAUCAUCCUCCAAACCCAAUCGAGUUCGAAACCAGACAAAAAACAUAGCGCGGGAGGGAGGUGGCGCACAUACAUAUACACACGGAGGAUGAUUGAUAGAUAAAAGAAUAUACAUACAGAGGAGCGGAAAUCUGAGGUAAUCGGCGGGAGAUCUGAGGUAACUCGGCGAGAUCUCUCGAGGAGGGUGUGUCUUCUACUCGUGCCAUGGGGAUUCAGAGCGAGCAGCAAGCCCCGAAUGGAUCCGUUGGUACCGCUGACGACAUUAAGCACUCAGACUCACGCUGUCAACGACUUGGUGAUGGUGGUGAGGGCGAUUCUCAAGAUGGGCAAACAUCAGAAUAUUCAAUCCCAUGCCUUCCUGAGGAUAUCUGGGGUCAUAUACAUUCUUUAAUGCCAAUGGAAGCUGCUGCUCGUGCCGCUUGCCUCUCUCAUGCUUUUCUAAGUUCCUGGAGACGUUAUCCCACACUAAUUCUGUGUUCACAAAAGUUUAAGGCAGGUAGCGGAAGUUUAAGAUGCAAAAUCAACAACAUCCUGAAAAAUCACUCAGGAAUUGGCUUGAAGAUAUUAUGGCUUGAUUUACUUGAUGAAUCUAGUUGCUUUCCUUAUAUCGACGGAUGGCUCAAGGUUGCUGUUACACCAGGGAUUGAAGAGCUCAACCUUAGGCUGCCUGAAAAACACAACUUCCCAUGCUCAGUUUUAUCUGCUGGGGUUGGAAACUCAAUUCGGUCUCUUCUACUUGCCUCUUGUGCCUUCCGUCCUACGGCUGAACUUGGACCUUUCAGAAGCUUAACAAUUUUGCGUCUGUGUUCUGUCUGUAUCACGGGGGAUGAAUUGGAGUGCCUUCUUUCCAACUCCCUUGCUCUGAAACAUUUGCAUCUCACUGAGUGCAAUGAGAUAAUUUCCCUCAAGAUACCUUCUGUGCUGCAGCAGCUCAGCCUCCUUUUGGUUGAUGGAUGUUUUCCUAUGCAAAUUAUAGAGAACAAAGCUCCAAGUAUCUCUAGCUUUACCCUUUCCAGAGUUUUACCAAAACUCGAGCUUGGAAAAGCGUUGCAAAUGAUGAAGUACUUGCAGUUGAAUUUUGGGAAUUCCGUCCGUUAUGCUCGUGCUGUGCUUCCGUCCACGAUGCCAAAUCUUGAAACAAUUUAUUUAAGUUCGACCUAUGAGGUGAAUACACCAAUGCUGCCCUCCAAAUUCGUCAACCUCAAGCACCUGAGCAUUCAGAUUGCUUCAUCGACCUUGCCCCCAUCCUACGCUUAUUCUUCCCUGCUUUCUUUCUUGGAUGCGUCUCCUUCCUUGGAGACUUGGUGCCUGCAGCUACCCCAGGCAGAUACGGGGCAUGAAUUGGUAGGUUCUUCUUCGCAUUUGAGGCAGCUGCCUGUACGACGCCACAACCGCCUCAAGAUUAUGGAGAUUGAAGGAUUCAACUGUACAAAGAGCUUGGUUGAGCUAACAUGUAGCAUUGUCAAGAGCGCAGUCUCACUUGCUUGCCUUAAACUGUACACCCUUCGUUAUGGUAAAUCUCCAUGUUGUUGGGAUGGAUUUUGCAUUCCUUAUGGCAAAUCUGAGGUCGAGGAAGCUUCUAGAGCAGCGGCAGCUAUAAGAAGGUACAUUGAGGAUAAAGUUGCACCUACAACCAAGCUGACCAUUAUGGAGCCUUGCCCACGGUGUAUUGCCACCGCAAUGGACGAUGGUUUGGCCUAGGCAGAGAAGUUAAGAUGGAGGGUGAAAGUUGUCAAAGGUUAUCUUAAUUAAGUGUGCUGUCAUUUAUAAUACUUUUUUAAUUUAGUUUUAUCACUUAGUUUCUUUCAAUGUUGUGGCUUAAAAGUUGUCAAACUAGUGGAUGUGCACGCGAGGCAUGGACAUGGUUAUGUUUAUGACUUUUUUAUUUAUAUAUCAUCAUAUAUAUAAGGUUAGUCUCAAUGCAUGUUU